CUAGAUCUGAUGGUAGUGUAGGCUCUGGAGGGGCUGGGAGGACGCCGUCUCUGGUUGCAGGGUUCGGGGUGACCCCAGAGGGCCAGACACUCAGGCCUGGUGCGGAACACUUGGUGGGAUCUGGACACGGAAACGAGGUCCACUCCUGGGAUGGAGACCCACACCUGAGGCUGUGUCGCGGCCCUGGAGUAGGAGUGCAAGCCGGGGAUGCUUGGAACAAACUGAGCGGUCGGCCGGGAGCCUGUAGAUGGAGGCCCAGAUCUGGAGUCCCGGGAGACCGAGACCCAUUCCGGGGCCUCGUUUAUAGUGCUCUGCGCUGCUGUCUGAUUUGUGGGCCCCGCAGGGCCCUCUGCAGGUUUGAGGGUGGGGCAGUCACCUAGCAUUAAGGGAGUGGCCCAGGGCACUUCAGACCUAGAUCCUGAGGGACAGUAUUCACGGGGCGUGUCCUAGGCUGCUGAGGGCCGGGGAAAGGUGACUGGCCAGCCAGGCACCUGGGCUGGACUGCCCAAGGUGAGCAUUUAGCAGGCUGGAGCCUUCUGCAGAGCGGGAGAAGGGGCUCAGUCCUGGUUCACACCUGCUUGGAGAGAAGGCGGCCAGACUCCAGGGUCUGGAGCAGGAGCUGACAAGCCCAGGGUCUAGGAGUGCUGGGGACUGGACCAGGGUCAUGGCUCCGCCACCACCACUGCCAACGGCUGCCAGUACUCCAAUCCUGCAUGGCGAGUUUGGUUCCUACCCGCCCCAUGGCCCACGGUUUGCCCUCACCCUCACGACGCAGGCUCUGCACAUCCAGCGGCUGCGUCCAAAACCAGAAGCCCGGCCCCGAGAUGGCCUCGUUCCUCUGGAUGAGGUCUCAGGCUGUGGCACUCUGCAGAGCCGAAGCCCCUCAGACACUGCAGCCUACUUUUGUGUCUACACCUACCCAAGGGGUCGCCGUGGAGGCCGGCGCAGAGCCACUCGCACCUUCCGGGUUGAUGGGGCAGCCACUUAUGAGGAGAAUCGUGCAGAGGCCCAGCGUUGGGCAACUGCCCUCACGUGUCUCCUCCGAGGAGUGCCUCUGUCUGGGGACCAGGAAAUCACCCCUGAACUGCUGCCCCGAAAGCCCAGGCUGCUCAUAUUGGUCAAUCCUUUUGGGGGGCGGGGCCUGGCCUGGCAGCGCUGUAUGGAACAUGUGGUGCCCAUAAUCUCCGAAGCUGGGCUGUCCUUCAACCUCAUACAGACAGAACGACAGAACCAUGCCCGUGAGCUGGUGCAGGGGUUGGACCUGAGAGAGUGGGAAGGCAUUGUCACUGUCUCUGGAGACGGGCUGCUUUAUGAGGUGCUGAACGGACUCCUUGAUCGCCCAGAUUGGGAAGAUGCUGUGCGGAUGCCCAUUGGGGUUCUCCCUUGUGGUUCUGGCAAUGCACUAGCUGGGGCAGUUAACCGUCAUGGCGGGUUUGAACCAGCUGUCGGUGUCGACCUGUUGCUCAACUGCUCGCUUCUUCUCUGCCGGGGUGGCAGCCAGCCUCUGGACCUGCUCUCCGUGACACUAGCCUCAGGAUCCCGCUGUUUCUCCUUCCUGUCGGUGGCCUGGGGGUUCCUGUCAGAUGUGGACAUUCACAGCGAGCGCUUCAGGGCCCUGGGCAGCGCUCGAUUCACAGUGGGCGCAGUGCUGGGCCUGGCCACGUUGCAUACCUACCGUGGGCGCCUUUCCUACCUUCCCGCUACCACAGAACCAGCCUUGCCCAUCCCAGGCCACAGCCUGCCCCGAGCCAAGUCAGAACUAGCCUUGGCCCCAGCCCCAGCCCCAGCUGCCACCCACUCGCCUCUACAUCGUUCUGUGUCCGACCUGCCCCUGCCCCUGCCCCAGCCUCCUUUGGCCUCCCCUGGCUCCCCUGAGCCCCUACCUGGGCUGUCCCUCAAUGGUGGUGGUCCAGAGCUGACUGGAGACUGGGGGGGAGCUGGAGAUGCACCUCUGUCCCCAGACCUACUGAUGCCCUCCUCCCCCAACUCUCCCAAAACCGCUCAGCUGUCACCCAUUGCUGAAGGGUCCCCUGAAAUGCCAGCAUCCUCGGGACUCCCGCCUCCACCACUCAGUGCUCCACAAGCUUCUACCUGGGGCCCAGUUGACCACCUGCUCCCUCCCCUGGGCUCUCCACUGCCCCAAGACUGGGUGACGAUAGAGGGGGAGUUUGUUCUCAUGCUGGCCAUCCUGCCGAGCCACCUGUGCGCGGAUCUGGUGGCAGCCCCACACGCGCGCUUUGAUGACGGCGUGGUGCACCUGUGCUGGGUGCGCAGCGGCAUCUCCAGGGCAGCACUGCUACGUAUUUUGCUGGCCAUGGAGCACGGAAACCAUUUCAGCCUGGGCUGCCCACACCUGGGCUAUGCUGCAGCUCGUGCCUUCCGCCUCGAGCCACUCACGCCUCGCGGCGUGCUCACCGUGGACGGGGAGUUAGUGGAGUAUGGGCCAGUGCAGGCGCAGGUGCACCCCAGUCUCGCCACGCUGCUCACGGGGCCUGCGGGCCAAAAGCGGCGAACCUGAAGGAGCGUGAAGCACGCGGAGGUGGUGAUAGGCUAGAGUCUAUCCUGUAUAUGUAGGGCGGGGCUCCGACUGACUCAGAACCGUAAGGGUGGAGAUUGGUCCCGGUCCAAUUCCCAGAAGACUUAGCGACUUGAGGGUGGGGCCUGCCUUCCUUGAUGCCCAAUGAUGGCCCUGGAAUGUAUGACCUUAGCAAGGCUUCGGCUCAUUGGCCAGCCAGGGUCACAUCUUGCCUACUCCGGUGCCUCAGCUUGACUGGUCAAUCAGCCCUCGAGGGGCAGGUUCCCCAAGGCGGUCCCCAGAUUUGCACUAAUGUUCCUCCCCUUGCCGGUGGGGAGAUUCACUUUCCAUGUUCUGUGUCUCAUGCGUCCCUAGUCUAAAAAGCAAUUGAAAAGGUCUAUGCAAUAAAGGCAUCGCUUUCCUCUA